UUCAGUGCCUGGCUCGACCGGCGGCCACACAGUCGGAGACGAGAUGGCGACCAGAGGGGGCUUCCAGUCGGCACCCACUAGUGGCGGAGGCGGUGUGAUGGGUCCCGGACUCCCGGUACCGGGCGCGGGACAAGGCAUGGGCCCCGGUACGCCCUCUGGCAGGAUGGGACCGUCGCCGGCCUCGCAGAACCACAUGUAUCGCUCCCCGAUGCCUGGGCCUGGGUACCCGAGACCAGGCAUGCCUCCAUCCAGUCGUAUGACCCCGCAGGGACCCGCCAUGGGCCCCCCGGGCUAUGGCGGCAGCCCCGUGUCCCGCCCAGGGAUGCCCGGAGUGAUGGACCCGUCUCGCAAGAGGCCCGCCCCACAGCAGAUCCAGCAGGUUCAGCAGCAGAGCCGCAACCAGCAUACAAAGAAGAAGAAGAUGGCUGAUAAAAUUCUACCUCAGAGGAUCAGGGAACUGGUCCCAGAGUCUCAGGCUUACAUGGAUCUACUGGCCUUUGAGAGGAAGCUGGACCAGACCAUCAUGCGCAAGAGGCUGGACAUCCAGGAGGCCCUCAAAAGACCCAUUAAGCAAAAGCGAAAGCUUCGUAUCUUCAUAUCAAACACAUUCAAUCCGGCCAAGCCCGACGCUGAAGACGGUGAGGGCACUGUCGCAUCAUGGGAACUCCGUGUGGAGGGGCGUCUACUGGAAGAUACGGCCGUAUCCAAGUACGAAGCCACCAAGCAGAAGAGAAAGUUUUCUUCCUUCUUUAAAUCGCUGGUGAUAGAGUUGGACAAGGACCUUUAUGGUCCCGAUAACCACCUUGUGGAAUGGCACAGGACCGCAACCACACAGGAGACUGAUGGCUUCCAGGUCAAAAGACCUGGCGAUGUGGGCGUUCGCUGCACUGUCUUGCUCAUGCUAGACUACCAGCCCCCGCAGUUCAAGCUGGACCCUCGAUUGGCUCGCAUGCUGGGCAUCCACACCCAGACGCGGCCCGUCAUCAUCCAGGCUCUGUGGCAGUACGUCAAGACUCACAAACUGCAGGACCCCCACGAGCGAGAGUUCAUUAACUGCGACAAGUACCUCCAGCAGAUCUUCGAGACCCAGAGGAUGAAGUUCUCUGAGAUCCCUCAGCGCUUGCAUGCCCUGCUGAUGCCACCCGAGCCCAUCAUCAUCAACCAUGUGAUCAGUGUGGACCCCAAUGACCAAAAGAAGACAGCGUGCUACGACAUUGAUGUGGAGGUGGACGACACGCUGAAGACUCAGAUGAACUCCUUCCUGCUGUCCACCGCCAGUCAGCAGGAAAUAGCAGGCUUGGACAACAAGAUCCACGAAACCAUCGAGACCAUCAACCACCUCAAGACCCAGCGAGAGUUCAUGCUCAGCUUUGCCAGAGACCCUCAGGGCUUCAUCAAUGACUGGCUGCAGUCGCAGUGCAGGGACCUCAAGACCAUGACUGACGUGGUGAGCAACCCAGAGGAAGAAAGGCGGGCUGAGUUCUACUACCAGCCGUGGGCUCAGGAGGCCGUGUGCCGCUACUUCUACUCCAAGGUGCAGCAGAGGCGACAGGAACUGGAGCAGGCGCUCGGAAUCAGGAACACCUAAACUCAUUGAUUUUAGGACGGUCAUGUAGGAUGCUGACUUUUACGACCACACAUUUUGUUUCUUUUUUGAACACAAAUGUUCCUUUUAACUUUCUUUUCCCCCCAUGUCUUAACCUCCAAACAUUCCUGUCCUCAUGACAUAACGCACCAAAGUAAACACAAAAAAAAAAAAUCAACAAACACAAAUCAUAUUUUGAAAAAACACUCGGCCCAUUGGGUUCCUCGUUGUAACCAACCACAACAUCACAUAGUCAACCUGUUGAUUUGUCCAGCUGCCAAGUAGUCCCAACGUUCUUCUUCAUUAUCUUUUUUUUUUUUUUUCCAUGAAUUAUGUCUAAUAUCAAUGCUUGUCUUGUUAGCUAGUACAAAUGAUGACCAAGGAAGUAGCUGAUUAGCAGUACGUUUAGCCCAGAUAGGUUUUGUACAUACUGAGCAGAAGACUGAUGUGAAGUACCCCUUUAUCCAAUCGGAUGAUAGAUGCUGUCUUUAAUAAGAAAAAAUAACAGUCAGCGGCAAUUAUUGGAGUGCAUCAACGCCACAAAUAUGUUGAAAGGAAACAAUUAGGGAUGUGUGGCGUGAUCACUGAAGUAAUUAUUUGAUUUUUUUGAUGGACCAAAACUAUUUUUCUGUAUGUUCUUACGUCAUAAUAAAGGAUAUGUAAAUCUUA